AUGAGUGAUGACCACGAAGACGCUGGGGACGGGGGAGGCUUGAUUACCAUCACCACGGACGGCAUGGAGGCACUGAACACCAAUGGCACGAAGGAGAUUGUACCACCGGAUAGCCCCAAAAAGGGAGACCUUUACGUGUUAAGCACCACGGUCGCUCCAGACGGAGGAAUGGAAAUUCGACGAACUCUAGUGGAUGCUGGAGAGAGGACGGAUCUUUGCACGGAUAGUGAUGACACUAUCGUUGCACCUGGUCAGGAAAGUUCUCUGCAUUUGGAAGCUCCGCCUUCUCCCCCUGAAGAGAACAGGAUUUUAAACAAUCAAGAAGUAGAGGAAACACAACGAGCUGAAAUUCAACUCUCUCUUCCAGAAGUUCCACCCACGACCGAGAAGGAUGAAGUGAAAACAGAACCCAAAGAAGUGAUCGAGGAGCACGAAAUAGAAAUCCAAAAAGAUCAAGUGGAUGACAAGAAGGAAGAUCGGAAAUCCGAGGCUCAGGAAGUAUCCGAAGAGCCUAGAUCUGUGAGCCUGAGGGAUGAACAGAUGCACGAUAAUGAAGAAUUAAAAGCAGAAAUUCAGAAAGUCAUCGAUGAGUGUGCAGCUGCUAUCGAGGAACAGCAGACAGAGGUGAACACAGGAUCGGAAGAUGAAGCUGCCGAAGGGAUUAAGGAGCAUAAAAUGGAAGUCCAGGAAGCUCUGCAUAAGGAGGACGAAGAAAGGGCAGUACAUGAGGCGAAGGGAGUGAUUGAGGAACAGAAAUUGGAGGUUCAGGAGUUGCAACAAACGACGGCCGAUGAAAAGGCGAAAGCUGAGUCUAACGAAGUCGCUGAAGAACAUAAAUUGGAAAUUAAAGAAGUUGACCAAAAACAGAAAGAGGAGCCGGUGAAAGUGGAGCCUAACAAGGAGAAAAAACCAUCAACUACUAAGGUGAAACGCACAAUGACUCUACCUGCUGCAUCCCGUUUCACGCUUCCAUGGCAGAAGAAGCACGUGGAGGAUGAUUCCGGGGCGACACAGGAGUCGAAAGCCCACAAGAAAUCUGCCAAAACCGAAGCGACGACGGCGAAGCCGCCAACAACCGGAGCAUCGAAACCGAUUUCAGGUGUGAUGAGGAACUUGAAGAAGGGUUUCAAAUUCAAGUUGGGUGGCUCCAGCAGGAGUGGCGAGGACUCCGCCCCGGGAAGGAUUCCCCAGAUAUCCGGUUCACGACCUUCACCACGGAUUGUUUCAAGUCUUAAUAUCACACCGACACAUCAGGAGGUAGUCGCCACUGAACCCUUGGACUCACUUCACCGUGUCUCAAGCGCUUUUCUCAGGCUCUCAGUCGGUGGAGAGCGUGUUUCGACAGAUAGUCUCUCCUCCUCCUCCUCCCCCAUUCUCCUGGUGUCUACCAUGCUGGGUUCACUUCGCUUUCUAAAGGAGAACGUCACCACGGAAGCUCAGGCCUCUAUUGAUGGUUACUGUCUAUGUGAACACUAUCAAGAGUUCAAUGAAUACGACCACCAAGGGAAAAUGAAGGCCAACGGAGUUGGUGGAGACGGAGGUCUCCUGACGUAUGAAAGCCGUGAAAUUCAAGCACCUUUGGAGUCGCCUACAACUUGUCGACGCAAGGAACUCGACAGCAUUCUCAGCGCAAUGCCACCCUCACCAACACCCUCAACUGAGUCUUUGCAUAAAGUUGGCGAGGCUGGUGGCUCCCCCCACAUCUAUGAUAAUCUUCCAGCUGAACAACAAAACGGAAAAAGUCCUAACACACCAGCUGAGGAAGAAAUAUGCCCAUCUGUUGCUACAAAGCCCGUAUUAACAACAAUUGCACAAGCCAUAAAUGAGAAGAAGGCUCGAGAUAUGAUGGAAAGUAUAAAAUCUGAGAGGGCAAAUGGAGCAGUGGUUGCAAAUGACCUCAAACCUCCGCGUCCUCCACCAGCAAAGAAUGAACAAUCGAAUUCCACCAAAGCCUCUCCACGCAAUCUUCCACCGCCUCCGCGACCAUCAGCACCUCCACGGGUGCUGGAGAAGUCGUACACAAUGGCUGCUAGCAGUCCACCGCCGUUAAGUGAUGUGGAAGUCAUAAGUCCUGUGUCCGCGCCUUCACCGGUGCAUUCAGCUCCUGUUCAAAUGCGGUCAGAUUAUACCAAUGCUACGACCAGUCUGGACAGAAAAAAACUCUAUCGAAGUAAAGAGGAGACGAGAGCUGCUAAGAUGACUACACUUAGCCGGCCCAUGACAAUACACGAAACGAGCUUCACGGUGAAACGAAAACUCAAUGAGAGUCAGCACAGAUCACUCGACGAAGGCUCGCAGCCUCCCAAGUCUGGCCAAAAAGUUAUCUUCGAGCAGAAGGAUUCAUUCACUUUGCCCAAAUUUUUGUUGGGCAGUAAGAGAAAGUCGGUCCCGGCUCCUGUAUUGCGUCCUCACUUGGCUAACAGCCCUACCACUGAAGGAAAUCGAGCUAGCGUCCUCAAACCUAUCACUGCGUCUGAGGAUAAUAGCACUCCAUUAUCACCGACCAUUACUAGCAUGCAGUGCAGUAUGCCUCCGGUCCGCCCAAUUGCUACUGCCUCAGUCUGUGUUCAAACAGCACCUCUCAGGCCCAAAGCACCCGUCUCGAGUAUUCCUUAUGGAAAGGAGCGACCAACCCUGUUGGCUUUAGCGUCCAAACUAGGAGAGCCGAGUGAACACACCCAGGAUACAGCUUUUAAAGAGGCCUAUUUCCAAAAUUUGAUCAAACCUUCGAUUAAGAGUCCCCAAAUGGCAUCAUCUCCUGGCAAUGAACUUUCCUUGCCCCUGUUGGGAUACCAAAUCGCGGAAGAGGCUAAAACUCCUGACGAAGGCAAAUCCUCAAUCUUCGCGUUUUCCCAUUCCCACAAACUGUGGUCCAUGAGGCUAGAAGGUGAGGAAUCGGCCUCCGAGAAGCUGGUGAACAAAUGCCUCCUGGAGUACACUGCCGCCUGUGCUCGAUUAAAAUCCGUAGAUCUGCAAGGGGAGUUUGCAGGUUUCCAUUGGCAGUGCGGUGAUCUCAGUGAGGCUGGAUGGUUCAAGCGUGGCACUUUGGCAGGAUAUAGCUCACUGGAAGUGUAUCACGAUCCCUCGAAGCAGCUUGACUAUGUAAAAUUGCCGCCAAUCCAAUACUCCGUCGGAAGCAUAAUCUAUCCAGAAGCCACAAUUGAUGCACUAUUGUCCACAUGGAUCAAUGAGAGCCACUUAGGGACUCCUUCAACAUUACUUCUAUUUGAAUCCCCCACUGAUACUGAGACCGCCUUCCAUCCUGCUUUAGCGAUAAUUCGACUCUCCGACGUACUUCAAGAGCUCACCGUAUCUGAAAACCCUUCCUGUGACAUUCAUCCCAGCAUCGCACUAGCAGUUCUUCUUUCAAUUGAUCAGUGUUCCUCGAAGCUUUCGCACAAUUUGAAAGGUGGGGAGAAGGCCUUCCUAAAUUUGGAUCCUGCGGAGAUCACUCUCCUCUGCUCACCAGCUAAUUGUCUGGUUAUCUUUCGUAUUGCUGACUCUGAAGGUGACUGGAAUGUUAAAAAAGUGCUCCUGGAGCUGCAUAGUGAUCACGCGGACUCCCUAGAGGCUACAAUAAACGCUUGCAUGGAAAAUCUCUCCAAAUUAGUCACUACGAAGGUGCACCUUUCGGCCUUGCUUCAAGCUAUUGCACCUCCAGAUUGGAUAAUGCAAGCUGGUGCCCGCAGUGCACUUGAAAAGGCUAACUCUGCAGUCCCUUCAGGAAAUGAGGAUUAA